AUGCAAAUCUGCGCUGGAGUGCAGCAGACCGCAACCGACGUCCUGGGCCUGCCCUUUGAGCAGCUGCCGCUGCUGGCGGAGCGGUUCCCAACCGCCACAACUGUCAUCAUCUACACCGACACCACCCCCAACCGCCCGCCCGGGAGCUUGGCGCUGACCACCCUCAAGCAGCCCCAGCUCGGUGGCGGCGGCUCAGAGGACCUGAGAGCUCUGGCGCAGCAGCUUGCAUUUGUGCCCGAUGGCGCAUGGUCGCGCGUCGCCAGCAUCCGCCUUGUCAGCGCCCCCGAUAGCACCGCCGCCGCCCCCGCCGCGGCGCCCCCACACGCCGCGCUGCCCGGCUGGCUCGCCGCACGCCUAGCGCGCGCGUGCCCCGGGCUCCGCAGCCCGCCGGCUGUCCUCGUCGCAGGCAGCGGGGUCGGCGGCGGCCCCAGCGAAGUCUGCGGCCUGCAUGAGCUGUGGCGCGCCGCAAACACCCUGACACACCUCGACCUGUCCGUGCCGCGCCGCGCCGCGCCCGUGGCCGCGCCGGCGCACUCCCUCUUGCGCCUGACCGCCUUGGAGCGCCUCAGCUGGCUGCCGGCCGGCGCCGGCAGGGGCAGCUGCGGCGCGGGCGCGGCGUUUGGCUCGGAAGAGCCGGUGGCCGCGCUCGCCGCGGCGCUGCCCGCGCUCUCGCGCCUGACGCGGCUCGAGGCCGCCCUCCUCGGCCGCGGCCUGCCCUCCCUGAUAAACCUCGACGCGCGCGCCCCCGAGGCGGACGCCGUCGCCGAUGGCUGCGACAGCGGCAACGGCUCCGGCGGGUGGCGUCCUGACGGCAGCCAGUUGGGGGCGGAGCGGCGGCUGUUCUACUCUAUGCUUGGGUGCGCAGGGCUUCGGGAGCUGCGGCUGCACGGCGACACCUGCGCGGCGGCGUGGGGCGAGUUCAGGACGGCGUGGGGGGUGCGGCUGGAGGGGCUGGCUGCGCUGGAGCUGCGGGGCACGCUGGAAGAUUCGUUCGACGACGCCAGUGGCGCCAUCCACAUCCCCCAGAAGCUUCUUCUUGACCCACCAAAGCUCUACGCGAUCGCCGACGCGUGCCCAAACCUACAGAGCCUCUCAGUCAGGGGCCUAAUCGUCAGCCUCUCUGCCAUCGCCGGCGGCGGCCACGGCGUGCUGCCGCGGCUGGUCGCGCUCGAGCUGGGCCGCCCGCUGGCGGCCGCGGCCGCCGGCCAGCUGGCGCGGCUCGCGCCGCGGCUGCAGGCGCUGGCCGGGCACGAGCACCUGCAGCAGCUGGUCUUGGACUGGCCGGAGCCGCGGCCGCCGAGCCGGACCGCCGCGGCCGCCGCGCGCCGCCGCCGCCGGCUGCCUGCGGGCGACCGCAACGGCGCGCUGCUGUGCCGGUGGCGCGCCGCGCUCGCGUGCUUCGAGGCCUCGGCGGCCGCGGCGCCGACGGUGCGCGCGCUGGCAUGCCGCCUGGCGGGGCGCUUUGAGGCGCAGUCCGUGGACUGGGCGGCGCCGCCGCUGCCCACUCAGGUUUUCGAGCCUGGCUUUACUGGCGACAGCGACAACAGCCAGUGGGUGCCAGAUGCAUAUGCCCGCCCGUCCACCUCCAAUGCGCAUGAGGGCGCCGCCGCCAGCCCCAAGGUGUCGGCGGCCGAAGCCUGGGGGCGCCUUGAGUCCCUGACGCUCAACCUGGACGGGCCCCUCGGCCCGCUGCUGUGCGCGGCUGCGGCCAGGGCGCCCAACCUGAGGCGCCUGGCACUGGAGCGGCCCGAGCUGCUGCCCGGCCGCCAGCCGGCCGCGCGGGCCGCGCUCGCCGGCGUGCGGCAGCUGCCGAGGCUCGAGUCCCUCCGGCUGGACUUGACCGCGCACGCAGCGAGCGGCGGCCCCGUUGCCGCGGGCGACCUGCGGGCGCUGCUCGCGCAGCUGGCGGGCGCCCGGCCGGCAGGGCUGGCGGAGGUCUCGUUGGUGCUGCCGCGGGCCGCGGCGGCGGGCGUUGGGUCGGCGGCGAUGGAAUCCCUUGUGCUCGCAAACCCUGGCCUGAGAUUCGAGUUUUUGAAUGCCUGA